AUGGCCUGUGUUGGUCUCAUCUCCCUUAUCCGAACAGUGGAGUUGAAUUUCUUAGAGCCACGGCCACGCUUGGUUGUUGAUUACAAUGGUGAAAUCCAGUGUCUUCGUCAAAGACUUUCUGUUUUGGUAGCCCUUCUUCAGGAAUCUGAGAAAAAGCUGAGUGUUAGCCAGACCGAGAGAGAUGUUAUUGCAAGAGUUAAACAAAUAAGUUUCAGAGCUGAAGAUGAUAUUGAAUCUGAAGUGAUGGAGAUCCUUUCCAAUGGAGCUUCCCAUGAAAGACUCCAUCAAAUCUUGCAACGUCUUGCAGAAGACACUGAAGAACUUAUUGAGCAAAGAAACACUACCCAAAUGUCAUCAUAUAAUCCCGCCCAAUCAAACCAAGAGCACGUCAUACCUGGAGGAGCUUCAAAGCUGCAGGAUGAUGCAAUAAUGGUAGGACACGCCCAAGAAUUGGAGAAGAUGAAGGAGAUGCUCCUUCAACGCUCCACUCAGGAACGACAAGUUAUAUCCAUUGUCGGCAUGGGAGGGAUUGGCAAGACAACUAUGGCCAAAAACAUCUAUGAUGAUCCAUCAAUAAGAUUUCGCUUUCAUCUUCUUGGUUGGGCAACCGUCUCUCAAGACUAUGAUCUGCGGAGAAUUCUCCAGGACCUGUACGGUUGUGUUGCACAAAUGACUGAUAAAGAAAUCAAUGAGGUGAAAAGCACUGCUGAGCUAGCAAACAAAGUACGUCGGCGCCUGAUGCGUCAAAGGUAUCUUCUUGUGGUGGACGACAUAUGGGGCAGCAGAGGAUGGGAUGAUCUACAAAGAUGCUUCCCAGAUGAUUCCAACGGUAGUCGAAUAUUGUUGACUACUAGACUCAAAGAGGUAGCAGAUUACAGUGGAUGUUCAGGUAAGUAUGUUUGCAACUUGCCUUUCCUAAACUCAAAUGAAAGUUGGAAACUGUUUUCCCAGAAGCUGGGAAGCAUAAAAUUGCCUCCAGAAGUUGAAGCAAUUGGUAUGCACAUUGUUAAUAAAUGCCGAGGAUUACCACUUGCUAUUAGUGUAGCCGCAGGGCUUCUAUCCAAAACCAAAAAGUCAGUAGAAAGUUGGCAGAGUAUUGCGUCAGCAAUGAAUCUACCAAUGACCUCAGAUCUUCAUGACCAAUGCUCAACCAUACUCACCCUAAGUUACAACAACUUGCCUUACCAUUUAAAAGCUUGUUUCUUAUACUUUGGAGUCUUUCCUAAAGUUAGAAGAGAAAUCCCCACAAAGGAUCUUCUCAAUUUAUGGAUUGCCGAGGGAUUUGUUAUGGAAGAUAGUGGUAGAAGUUUGGAAGACGGUGCCAUGGAUUACUUACAAGAUCUAAUUGGCAGAAAUCUAGUGCUUAUUAGCACGCUAAGUUUCAUUGGCAAUAUCAAGACAUGUAGAUUGCACGAUUUGUUAUUUGACUUGUGCUUGAGAGAAGUAGAAAAAGAGAAGUUUGUGUCUGCUUUUCAUCAAAGGAGUGAGGAAGUUGGAUUGGGUUACACCGAGCCGUUGUUUGAAUAUGCAAACCGUUGGUUAACAUUUCAAACAAUGAGUAUUCAGCCCAAAUUCGGUGACAACUAUAAUUUUCACAAAUCUCGUACCCUUUUAUUCUUUUUUGGUAAUUAUAGAUAUUUUGGGAUGCUUGUAUCUUGGAGACAAAAUAUGUCUUUCAAGAUGAUUAGGGUACUGGACCUAAGGACAAUUAGCUUUGAUGAGGCUCCAACCUUUGACAUCUCGGAUUUGAUUCUCUUAAGGUACCUAGCUUUGGAUACAAUUAAGUAUGUAAGGGUGCUGAAACAUCACCACAGCUUACAAACUUUAAUUGUUAAGUUUCGAAGUGGAUUAACGAGGGAAGUUGAUGAUGAGGCUUUUAAAGAUCUGAUGGCAAGAGUUAAGGACAUAACUUUCAAAGCUGAAGGUGAUGUUGAAUCUCAAGUAAUGGAGAUUGUUUCUAUGGGGAAUCAACCAUCUUCUCUUGAAGGACUCCAUCAAAUCUUGCAAAGUCUCGCACAAGACAUUGACGGGGUUAUCGAGUGCAUUAAAAAAAGAAGAAACGUUAAAGAGUCAUAUUCUCCUCAAUCCGUUUCGUCAUCAAUCCAUGAUGAGAACAUCACAGUUGGUGGUUCCACCCGCCGGAUUUCAAAGCUUGACGAAGAAGAAAUGGUAGGGCAUGCCAUGGAAUUGGCCAGGAUGAAGGAAAUGCUCCUUCAAGGCUCACCUCCAGAACGACAAGUGGUGUCCAUUGUCGGUAUGGGAGGUAUAGGCAAGACAACUUUCGCCAAAAUAAUCUAUGAUGAUCUGUCAAUUAGAUCCCAUUUUGACCUUCAUGGUUGGACAACAGUGUCUCAAGAUCAUAAUUUGAGAAAGAUUCUCCAUCAUCUUUGUCAUUCUAUUGCACAAAUGACUAAUGAUGAAAUUAGCAAGGUAGACACCGUUGACCUAGCAAACAAACUACGCCAAUGUCUAAUGGGUCAAAGGUAUCUACUUGUAAUGGAUGACGUAUGGGACACUAAAGUUUGGGAUGAUGUCCAUAGAUGUUUUCCAGAUGAUUCCAAUGGUAGUCGAAUAUUGUUGACAACUCGACUCAAGGAGGUGGCACACUAUGCUGGUUUAAGUAAGUAUAUUUGUACCUUGCCAUUUUUAAAUUUGGAUGAAAGUUGGAAGUUAUUUUACUCUAAAGUUUCCAACGAGGAAACCUUGCCGGUAGAACUCGAAAAAAUUGGGAAGCGCAUUAUUCAUAAAUGCCAAGGGUUGCCUAUUGCUAUUGUUAUAGUUGCAGGGCUUCUAUCAAAGACCAUUAAAUCACCAGAAAAUUGGGAAAGUGUUGCAUCUGCAAUAAAUUUAUCUGCCACUUCAACUCUUCAUGAACAAUGUUCAAAGAUACUCACUUUGAGUUACAACGACUUACCUUACCAUUUAAAAUCUUGCUUUUUAUACUUUAGUGUUUUUCCAGAAGAUUAUGAAAUCCCAACAAAAGAUCUUAUCAAGUUAUGGAUGGCAGAGGGAUUUAUUAAAGUGGAUAGCCAAAGAGACUUGGAAGAAGUUGGGAGUGACUAUCUACAAGAUCUAAUUGGCAGAAACUUAGUGCUUAUUAGUGAGCUAAGUUUGCUGGGCAACAUUAAGACAUGCAGAAUGCAUGAUUUGUUAUAUGACUUGUGCUUGAGAGAAGCUAAAGAUGAGAAGCUUUUGUCUGUUAUUUAUGAAGAGAUUGAGAGUGUUCAGUUAGAUGAAACCCAACCAAAGUGUUAUGAUGAAAAUGGCAAUCGUUGGUUAAGAUUUCAAUCAUGGUCGUCUUUCUUGCCCAACUUUAAUUGUGAAAAGUAUACUUUCCACAAAUAUCGAACCCUUUUCUUUUAUGGUCCUUUUAUAACUCCAUGGACUUUGUGUAAUUCUUUCAAAAGGAUAAGGGUUCUGGAUCUAAGUUUAAUUAUGUUCAUCAUGGUACCAAUCAUUGACAUUGAAGAUCUAAUUCUUCUACGAUACUUACGUUUGCGUUCGUUUAAGUAUGUAGGAGCUAUAAAACAUCAUUGUAACCUACAAACAUUAAUUGUAGAAGAUCCCAAUGUUGAUGGCUCUCAAGAUGAUGCGGGCAGAGAGUGGUUGCAUGGUGUUUGGAAGUCUCAAAGCCUAAGGUACAUCAAGUGUCCCUUUCAAUUCCCAAACCCGAAUAUUGAUGAGGAUGUUGUUCAAGAAAAUUUGCAAACUCUUUAUUGGUUGCCUGAUUUUCAAUGUACGAAGCAAUUUGUUUUGAGGAUUCCAAAUGUUCAAGUGAUAGCAAUUAGAUGUAGUGUUGAAGAGUCUGAAUUUCAAGUCCAAACUUGGUGGGAAAAUCUUUGCUAUUUAGCUAAGCUUAAGAAACUAAAAGUUUGUAGUUAUUGGUGUUCAACAAGCCCACUUCCAAGUAUUAUUAGUACUUUCCCACAACAACUUAAGAAGUUAACACUUAUUAGAGUACUACUGCAGUGGGAAGCUAUUAACGCCUUUAGCAUGUUGCCAAAUCUUGAAGUGCUCAAACUUAUCCGUGCAGAGUGCAUGGGAGAAAAGUGGGAAAUCAUUGAUGGCGGGUUUCUCAAGUUGAAGUUUUUAUUCAUUCAUUGUGCAGAAUUGAAGUAUUGGAGUAGUACGGGCGAUCAUUUUCCUGUCCUUGAGCGACUAGCCUUGCACAAUUGCUAUGAUUUAGAAGAGAUCCCUAUGGGUUUUGUAGAUGUUUUGACAUUGCAAUUGAUUGAUUUAAAAGCUUGCACUCCUUCUCUUGUGGAGUCAGCCCGGCAAAUUCGUGAUGAACAAGAGAACUUAUAUGGAUACGAUGAGCUUAUUGUUCGUGACUAUGAUACAUAUUCAGGAGCGCCCCCCGGAUGUUGAGAUUUAGUAAGACGCAAAGGUACCGGUGAUCGAAGAUGUUAAUUAUUUCAUUUGUCCUUACAUGAUGUUAUAUAUUUCUCUCUUUAUUUUUCUCUGUAAUGGGCAUGUAAUUGAGUACACAAUAUCAUAAGUUUGUUUGAAUAU